AUGGCAUUUUCAGGGGCUCAAAUCUUAAACAAUCUCCAGCAGCUCGUCCGGCCAACAAAGCACGAGUGGGUGGGUAAUCUCAUUCCGCCAAAAGCCUCCGUGUUUCCCAACAUCGAGAUGAACCAGACCAAGUCACCAACAACCCCCCUCUUUCGUCGUCAAUCCCAGACACGGGCUCCCUCCCGCAUCACUGCCAGCUCAGUCACUGGUUGA